AUGGCUCUGAUCGGGUCGGCUAUCUCCGGCGAGGUACUUGGACGUUAGAAUUGAUUUUCUUGCCUAUUGCUUUCUCCGCAGUUCUUUGGCGAUCCGUUUUCUGCUGGAUUUUCCACGCGGGGCGUUCCUCGUUGGCGCCCGUUGUUGGUGAUCUUCAAAAUUCCGUCAAGUGUUAGGGUUCGAAAAUUCCCAUUUGCGAUGGAUUCUUCCCUCGGAAAUGGUUUCCUCCAACACAUGUACAUUAGCAUAUAGCUGACGUGAGUUACGUAAGGCAAACGCGGCAGGAAUGGUUCUGCGAUUCGUGCUAAGAUAUUUGUUAACCAAUUGAUGGAUAUAGAAAGGAACGAGUAGCUAUUUAGGGUUUCCCAGAGGAGGAAAACAAGGUGGAAAAUAAGGAAUGCCACUUUGUGAUGCUCUGUUCUUUCCUCAUCAGUCAACGACCCUUGCAUGUACGAAAUAAAUUGCUACGUGAAAUAUUAUUUACCUUUAAUUUUGACCUAUUUUAUUUGAUAUGGAGUCUGAUGCAUGACGGUAUCGUGGUGAUAAUUAAAAAGAAUUGCGAAGCAUCCCUGCCUCUUCCUUCUUUUGGAUUCGUAAGGUAGGCCUCCGAACACUUAGUUUGGAACCUCUUCAUCUCACUGGAGGAGUUGUACGCAUGUUUCCUUUAGAUGUAUCAUAGAUUACUAUGCGGUACCGUCCACAAUAGCUGCAAGGUAUCACAAAUAGCUCGCAGGUCCUUAAUAUGUUUCUUUCAUUUCUGUCAUAUAGUUUGCAUUGAAAAUGUCCGAGAAUUUGUCACCAUAUGAUUCUAGACGAAGUCAGUUACCCUCUCCUAUAUCAGUACCUCUUUCGCAUGCUUCAUUCUUACAGCUGGCAUUUGCAGUCCGUGAGAGACAUUAGCUAUCCUGAUUUUUAUGGAAAAGCAACAUGUAAUCAAUAAUAAAACUUUCAGCGAUAGCAGUUUAACUUUGGGUUUUGAUGUCUACAUGCUACUGACUUGGAUGUGUUUUGGGGAAGCGUUGUUUAUAUCCUACAAGUUUUAUUUGUUUUUUUUUUUGUUCAAUUUUGGCUAGUCAAUCAGAAUCCUCGUGAAUUUAAAUGGGAUCGAUGCACGAUCUUAAUAUGCUCAAUGCACGAUCCAAGCAGAGUAUUGCCUGAAAAGAAUGAAGUCAGUGGAUUGUGUGUUGCGAAUUUUGAGAAUUCCGAACCCCACUGGCUUACAUCUUUAUAUGCUUUCCUCCCAAGGAUGAAUGAUAGGGAAAUGUGUCCUGAAACCGGACUGCUGAAGUGUUUGAGAGCACCCAGCAUCCAGUUAGUCAUUGUGUGCUUGAAUGCUUUAGAUCCUCUUUUAGUUCGAGCUCUGUAAUGGCCUAUUUUAGACGUGGCUGAGAGUCUCUUCAUUGUGGUUGCUCGAGUUAUACAUGGAGCUUUAUUAAAUUACGGCUAAACAAUAAAACAUUUUUUAUUAGGUUUACCAUCUCUGCGUUCUUGUGAUGCAAAAUCGUUGAGUCUGGAUAUCAUUGGGUUUUACUUUGUGGAAUGUUUCUGACUUUAUUUAGGUUAUUUGUUCAAACCCUUUUAACAUGUUGGAGAAAUAUCUUGUCCAAUAUCGUAAUCAACAGAAAUGGAAGUAGAAUUUCCUUUACCAUAAGCUGCUGACCAGAACCUUCGAUAAAUUUAAAGAGUUGCUUAUACCGUUGUACAUCCAGGAAACGUUUUUGAUCUUUUUACUCUAGGUUUUUAAUUGAUCGUGCUUAUUUUUAAAGGUCGUGCUAAAAGGAUACUGGUUACAAGACUCCUUUUGUUCACUUGUAUGAUUUAAAUGCCAUAACCUCCUGGUUCUUUUCGCCGUUGUGGGGCCAUCAGAAAGUUAUUGCUUUGGAUCUUCAUUACGAAUCACGCCAUUGGUGUUUGCCUUGAUCCUUCCUUUUAUAGCGUUCUAGAUUUAUUGAUUGUCUAUGAAUUCUGUUCCAUUUCUAUGUGCAGUUAUCAACUUCUUGUGAAAAUAAGGUUCUAUGUUCAUCUCUGUAUUAUUAUUGGUACAAAAUUUUGUUUACCAGGAAAGUAAUUUUUUUCUCAUUACAUUGAACUGAUUUUUUUCAUGCAUUUUGCAGGUUGGAUUGAGGCUAUUGCUGAGUCCAGUUGGUUCUAAUAUAGUUAUCAGGACUGCCUGGUAAUUUCUUCUAUCAGUUUGGUUUCCUCUUAUUAUGCCUGAAAUAGACAGCCUAGUAACUUUGACAUCAUUUCACAAUCUUCCUCAUCUUGUCUUUCUUUUAUUGUUGGUUAAGGACACACUUUGGAUGGUAGUUUUGAUAGUAAUUAACCUUUUUUACCCAGUUGUUAGAACCUUUAUUUUCUUCAGCAUAAUAUUGCUCCUUCACUAGGCAUUAUUGCAAUCGUAUUUGCUUUUCAAAAACUGAAAACUUUUUCAUUGUACGUAUGUUGUGACUGAUGCUCAUUGCGUGACAUAAUUUUUUCUCCUGCCCUAUUGUUCUUGCAGUUGUACUGUGGGAAUUGCUCUUCCCGUGUACUCCACUUUCAAGGCUAUUGAGAAAAAGGAUUAUGAUGAUCAGGAAAAGUGGCUUCUAUAUUGGGCAGGUCAGCUGCAGCUUUUCUUUUGGGUCAUCUCUCACGAUCUGUAUCCUUGCUUAUUUUAUGUUUUGCAAUUUUUUGGUAAUUCUUCUUGAGACUUGCUAAAUUGUGACAAUACCCAAUGCUGCUUGAUAGGGGCUCACCACACAAGAAAUAGGAACAAAUAAACACCACAAACUGAUUGGAAAAUCUCAAGGAAACGUAGUCCUCUCCACAAACAGUCCCUCUUCCGUCUCUCCUAUUGUCAGUGCCACUUUCCGUCUCUCCACAAACGAGUUUGAUUGGAAAAUUCAGACUCCUGAUUCCCUCUUUAUAACAGCUCCUUGUCGAGGGUCACAGUACAUCUUUCCAAACUCAGUUAAAGGUUAGCUGGACUUUGUAUACAUGUCCGCAAAAGCCAAAAGAAGAAAAAAAGCAAUAGCUACCUCUCAACAACCUCGUGUGAGUAAACGUCAGCAUAUGCUUGGGAACUGAUUUCCACGGUCUUCUUUCUGAAAGACGUGUUGGAAGUUAAUGGAGCGGUAAAAAAAAAAGAGAGGUGGAAUUUGACUUAUUUGAUAGGAUGACAUAAAAUCUAUGCUUGAUGCAUCUGUUUUUCUGAUUUAUGUUUGAUGAAUUCUUCUCUUUCUGAUGGUAAUGUUUUCUCUUGUUUUGUGCAGCAUUUGGAUCAUUCACCCUUGUAGAAUCAUUAUCUGACAAAGUCAUUUCAUGGUACGUCUCUGCUUUAAUUCUUUAUUAUUUUUUAUUAUUGGAUAAUGUAUUACUAAGGUAUGUUCUUAGCCGGGAUAAAAGUUGUGUGGAAAACAGAGGUGUCAGUGGUAAUGUAUUAAAUCAUUAAAUAAUCUGUGCCAACAUCUAACUCAACAACUUUCUGUCAUCAAACCCAAAAAGUGGUUUUGAAGGGAGCGAAGAUAGGGUAGUUAUGCAGACUGCUCUGGUUUUACAAAAUCUAGCCAAGUCUCCUGCGGGUAAAUUUAAUCGAAAAACUUCUUUUACUCAUUAACUACUAUACUCAUUACUGAAGCGUUAUUAAUUUACUGAAAGGACAAGAAGAUGUACAAAUAUCUGAUGUGGCUUGUAGAAUUUUCAAAAAUCGGAUUCAGCCAGCUAGAUGUGUUUCAGCGGGAAAUUUAAUCAUUGAGUUGGAUGGUCUUAUUCUUGUUUGGCCUGCUUGUAUUGGUCAUGGAUCUAUUGAGUCAUACUAUUUUCAAUGCGUUGCCCUAUUAUACUUGGAAAUCGAAACGGUACCUCAAAACCUAUCUAUAUAAUCAGCACCGCACGCAAUAUUUUGAGGUUUCGAUUAUGUUUGAGAUCAUUCAAUAUUUGUCGUAUUGUAUGGUGUUCCAAGGAUAACCACCAAACAUCAUCCCAUUCAAUCUCCUGGAUUAUCACCUAUAUCAUGUUUUAAAAAAGCAAUGAUUAUUUUAGUUACCUGAUAUACAGUUAAAGAGAUAGUGUUGACGAAAUGAGAAAAGCUGUGUAUGAAAUUUAACCGGGCACAUUUAACGAAAAAGAUUUAUUAUUUCAAAGUCAAAAGUGUGUUACGUGGUGCAAAAAUAUUGGUGGGUUCUUAUCUAUCUACUUUGUGUCCCAGACUUGGUAUUGUUGGUUUGUUUUUAUCUGAACUAUGAUCAUGAGCUUAAUGGUGGUCCAAAGGAUGAUAAAAUUUCGCUACUCAUGUUUUUCCCUUUGUUCAUUUUUUCCAAGUUGUUUAUAAUGAAGGCAUCUGAAUUCAGUUACUGAAUUGCCAAUGAUAAAGAUAUUCGGUUGGCUUCUAAAUUUUGGUGUUCUCCUAGGAUUCCGUUCUACUACCAUUUGAAGUUUGCUUUCCUUGUGUGGCUUCAGCUUCCAUCCAAUAAUGUAAGUACAUAAACAUUAGUGCAAGGUCAAGUUUGAUUUCUACUUUCUCUGAUUUACUUUGACAGAUGUUUCUUUUGACGGAAGAGAGUAUGUGAAGAUAAGAUUAUCAUGACAUUGGGGCAUCACGAUUACAUCUGAAAUUAAGGAAAAUAAGUUUUAAUGGCGAGGAAAUCAAAGUAGAACAUAAUGCAAAACGUUUAGUUACCAUUAAUCUAUGAUGUCUGUUAGUCUGAUUUUUCCCUAGUUCCCAUUAGUGGACUGAAAAUCUUCACAAUGAGAACCGGUAUGCAUCUCAAGGUACCUCCAAACAGUUAUGGCUGGACAGGAUUCCAAGAACAAUAUGGUCUGACUUGAUUUUGGUCGAGGGAAGGCCUGAAAUGAAGUUAAAUAUGACUAUGGAGCUUGAUCUCAAUUGAGGGAAGGCCUGAAACGAAGUGAAAUAUGACUACAAACUUGAUCUCAAUCGAGGAAACGCCUGGAAUGAAAAUAAAACUAUGAUUACCAGGUUUCAACUCGGUACGGUAGAGAACUGAAAUUGAAAUAAGACAUGACGAUGGAAAGCUAGGAAAAAAGAAAGGCAAGAAAUAGAAAACUAGAAAAAGGUGAUUUAAAAUUCCUCUGUUUGAUGUUAAUCAAAAUUGGCUUUGGAGCAGGAUCAGCUGAUCUUGUGAACAGUGAAGACAAAGUUGUUCCUAUUGCGUUGAUCAUCAUGGGCUUUACGUACAAAUUUGUAUUUCAGUCUAAUCGCCACAACAUUAGUCAUCGUUAUAAAAUGUUAUCCGAAAUACAAAUUAUCCGUUUUUUGUAGUGCCAGAAAAAUGGAUGAAAAUUCUAAUUGGUUAAUCGCAACUAGAUCACUGCUACCUUUGAAGAGUUUUUCUGUUAUAUGAUGCCUCGACUUUGUUGUAAUCCUCAAUCGAGUCAUCAAUGGCGUUAUAAUUGCUGUUGCGUUCUCAUCUCCCUAACCUGACCAGCAGCAUGUCACCCCAAGCAUCGGUUCAUCCGAAAUAUGACCUUUUUUCAGCGAUUGAUCAUUUUUCCUGAGGUAUUGCCAAACAUAUAAAAAAUCCUGUCCUUUUUGUGUUAGAGUCACGAUCUAGACAGCAAUCUAUUUUUGGUUGAGAAGAUCACAGCUCCCAAAUUUUUUGUAAGUUUUUUAUUGGUCUAUGAGAUGCUAUUCUAUAAUGACUUCACUUUAUGUUCGGGAUUUCGUCGAGGGUUGAAUGGUUGGUGGUGACUGAACCAGAAAGUAUUACAAUUUUGUGUUGGGCCUUUUUUACGGGGAAGCAUGAUUCUAUUGAAAGCCUCUCCACCUCACUCGAAUUUAAUUCAUAGUCCAAUCAGAUUUUUUGCACUAACCCUGUUAGGUUCUUGAUACAGAAGUAUACGGUGGCCUUCAGAUCGAAAUCUUAAGGACACUGAGGGAUACUCUUAAACCACCGCAUCUCCUCCCUUUUUUUUUCUCUCUCCUCCCUACAAUCAGACUAGAUUUAAACGACGUGCAAAUCUGACACAAUUACUUAGUCAUGCGUACAUCUUGCUUCUUCUGUCCCUCAAGGUUUUCUAAACAGCGUAGCAGCAUCGCUGACGUUUUACUUCUGUUCUUCAGGGAGCAAAGCAUCUGUAUGCUGAGCAUUUGCGUCCAUUCCUUCUGAGGCAUCAGGCUAGUCUUGACAGGCUUCUGAGCUUCGCUUCUCGUGAGAUCGUGAGUCCCCUUUGUUCUGCCUCUGAUUUGUUUCAUUGCCUAGAACGUUGGGAUCUGGUUCAGGGGCCUCAGGCUGUGAAACGUUGCCUUGGCAUAAACAUAGCAUGUGAUCUAUGUAGGAGAGGUGUAAUGAGGAUGAAUGAUUAGAAUGGAGAAAUGACUAAAUUUCAUGGGAUCUUCAGGCCAAGCUGAUCAGCAGACAUCAAGAGGAGAUCAUGUUCUUGAGAGGUUUGAUUGGGAAGUGCGCUUCCGCAGGUGCGUCAUAA